AUGCAUGCCUGGAGACAAUCCGCCUACAUCUGCCGAUACCGUCUCUAUUUGCAGGACGUACAUGCAGAUGCAUGCGGUCAAGUGUACUCUCAAAAGCGCAUAACGAAACAGUUUUUCUGCAGAAGACUCAUGAAAUCCCCAGUAAACCAAAUCGAAAGAUGCCAGUUCCCGAAAAAACCACCGAAAUCUAUCGCCGCGUCUCGAUCUCGUCCAAUCCCUUUUCCAUCACUGCACACAACCGAUGGCUGCGGUAAUUUCUCCCAUCCCUCACAUGGCACCCCCAAAACGACCCUAGUGGACGUAUUAGAGCCGCAAAGGAACGAAAAAAAAUUUUCUCACCGAUUCGCAGCCGUGCCAGCCAAUCAUACCCCCGAGCGGCUCUCGUAUUCCUGCAGAAAACACCCCCGUCUCCUUCCCAGACGCCUCUUCGCUCCACCCUCUAAGCCAUCUUACCACUACUUAUAG